CCCCUUUCCCAACCGUCUUCCUCCCCAGCUAGGACGACGGUAUCCAUCCCGGAACGGAAAGCGCCAGAUCCAGCUAUAAAAUCCGCCCCUCCCCACCCACAAUCCCACAACAGCAAACCAAAUCCCCGAGACCAGUUGAAUCUGAGUUUACUUUGAGAGAUUGAUCGAUUCAAUCAGUCGAGAUGGCGCAGGCGAUCGAGGCUCAGAGGGAGGGCGCGGAGGUGUACCACGGGGCGGCGCUGUGCGCGGAGAAGGCGGUGGAGCUGCUGGCCGAGACCAACAUGCCGCUGGGCCUGCUGCCGCUGGCGGACAUCCAGGAGGUGGGCUACAACCGCGCCAGUGGCUUCGUCUGGCUGCGCCAGAAGAAGGCGCUCACGCACACCUUCAAGCAGAUCGGGAGGCAGGUCUCGUACGCCACCGAGGUGACGGCCUUCGUCGAGGACCGCAAGAUGAAGCGCAUGACCGGGGUCAAGAGCAAGGAGCUUCUCAUCUGGAUCACCCUCUGCGACAUGUACAUCGACAAGGACGACCCCUCCAAGAUCACCUUCAAGACGCCCACCGGACUCGGGAGGACCUUCCCCGUCUCCGCCUUCGGGAAAGAGGACUGCAAGGAGGCCGCGGUGGCCAAAUAAGUGUGGACAGACGCGAUACUCUACAAAGUUGGAUGAAGAUUGAAGAGGGCUCAAGUUCAAGUUCAAUUGUUAACUACCUUUGCCUGGGUUUAUUAGCCCUAUUGUAUUUUUGGUCAACCUUUGACCCUUGAUUUAAUUACCAAAAAAUAAAUUAUAUAUCAAAAUAAUAAUAUAAUUGGAAAUCUCUUUUGAAUAUGAA